UCUAACCCCAAUCAUAGUACCCCGUCUGUCGCUUGCCCCCCUCUCUCUCUCUGAUUUCCGCGUGAAUGCCAUGGCCGUUUCUCUCUCCCCAAUCCCUCCGAAACCCCCUUUCGCUCUCUCUCUCUAAGAAUUCCUCCAUUUCUCAAUAUCUCUCUCUUUCUGAGAUUCUGUUUAUUAUUUUCUUCACAUAGGAAUAUAAUAUAUAUAUAUAUAUAUAUAUUUCUACACAUGUAUCCACGUAGUCUAAACGGAAGAUUACCUACCCACCUUAUGUAUUUUCCACAAUAGAACGCGUAGAUUCGGUCCGGAAAGGAUCGCCGAGGGGGAAUGGAGAUUGUGACCGGGGAUAGGUACCUGGAGAAGCUGGUGGAAUUCGUGGACGAGCAGGCCGGUCCGCUGCUCGACGGUGCCAUGGUGCUGAAGCUCAACCCGGCGGGCUUGCACUACGUACAGUCGCGCCUGGAGGCGCUGAACGAGCUCGAGAGCCUGCUGGCUGGUGCGCCCAUCGACUACCUCCGCGCCUACGUGUCUGACCUCGGAGACCACCGCGCGCUCGAGCAGCUCCGCCGGAUUCUCCGCCUGAUUCCUUCGCUCAAGGUCGUCUCGGCGCUUACGCCGCCUUCUCGGGACCCCACACCGCUCUCUUUGCGUCCGUUCGGGAGGCUUAGGGUUCUCGAGCUUAGGGGCUGCGAUUUGUCCACCUCCGCUGCCCGAGGGUUGUUGGAGCUGAGGCACACUUUGGAAAAAAUCAUAUGCCACAAUUCUACUGAUGCUCUACGGCAUGUUUUUGCGAGCAGAAUUGCCGAGAUAAAGGGAUCUCCUCAAUGGAACCGGUUGUCCUUUGUUUCAUGUGCUUGUAAUGGCUUGGUUCUCAUGGACGAGUCUUUGCAACUUCUUCCUGCUGUUGAAACUCUUGAUCUUAGCCGGAACAAGUUUGCGAAAGUGGAUAAUCUUCGCAAGUGUCCCAAAUUGAAGCACCUGGAUCUUGGUUUUAAUCACCUAAGAUCAAUUGCGUACUUUAAUGAGGUCUCCUGUCGUAUUGGUAAACUUGUUUUGAGAAACAAUGCCCUGGCGACAUUGCACGGGAUUGAGAAUCUGAAGUCACUUGAAGCGCUUGAUGUUUCCUACAAUGUAAUUUCCAAUUUUUCAGAGUUAGAGUUCCUUGGGUGCCUUCCCUCUCUACGAAGCCUAUGGUUGGAAGGAAAUCCAUUAUGUUGUGCCCGAUGGUAUAGAGCACAAGUAUUCAGCUUUUUCAAUCAUAUAGAUAAAUUGAAAUUAGAUGAUAAGCACAUCAGCACCAGAGAGUUCUGGAAACGUCAAAUUAUCAUUGCCAGCAGGCAGAAGCGACCUGCCACCUUUGGAUUUUAUUCUCCUGCAAAAGAUGAAGCUAGAGAAGAUGGGAGUAUUAACCGAAGACGGAGAAAGCCAUCUCGCCUUGCAUCUAUUGAAAAGGAAGAAGAGAACACAUAUAUAUGUUCUGACCAAGAGUCCGUAUCAUGUGAUGUUGAUAUUCAGAGCAGAGAAGAGACUGUCAUGUCUGAUGCCGAAGCUGAAAUUGUUGAUUUAAUGAAUAGAGUUGAACUCAUGAAGAAAGAGCGUUCUGUUCUUUGGUUACGGGAGUUUAGGGUGUGGAUGGAUCAUGCUUCUGAGAAUUUUGUGGAAAGAACUAAAUCUUAUGGGGCAACAUUGCAUAACGAAAAAGAGAAUUAUUUGAAAGGAAAGCCAAGCAAAAGGUAUCUGGGUGAUAGUUCGAGAUAUGUUUCUGACUCUGUCCAAGCUUCUGGAGAUGAUAGUAGUACAAAUAUUUUAGAAUCUGAUAAUUCCUUUGCAGAUAUGUCUACUGGUUUGCCUGCUAACCCAUACUUUAGCCAAGUUAGUUUCCUAGGGAAUGGUGGUCGGUUUUCUUUGGCUGGAAUGGGGAGAAUUGAUCUGAAAGAGGAGCAUCCAACAUCUUAUUCACAUGACGGGAUUACUACUACUUCUCUGCAAGCUAAAAGUUCCCACCCCGAUAUCUUUGCUGUCCAAGGUGUUCAUGGGGUGUUUGAAAAUGUCAUCAUGUCACCAUUACCAGCCACUGAUGAUAUGUUAGUGUCUCAUUCACCCUCUCCUUUCCCUGCAUCUCCCCCUCAUUAUCAAGAGGACAUUCUACAUCGUCGCCACAACUUAGUCGAAGAAACUUUGCAGCUAUCUGCAGAGUCUUAUUCGCCAGCAUCAUCUGAUAGUAAUACCAGCUGUAGUGAUGAUGAUUUCUGUGAAUCAAUACUCGCAGCUGAUAAGUCACUGAAUGAAGCUUAUGCCAUGAGUGCUGAAGGCCGCUCAUUUUCUUUUGAUGUUGAGGAGAAUUUUGACCACCUAAAUCAUGAAAUUUCUCAUGUAAGAGAAAAUGGCACGUCUUGUUCUUUUGUUGACCAGACCUCUAGUAUGCACAAAAUUUCAAAUUCAGAACGGUUCUUGCAAUCACAUUGCAAUGAUUUUCCUGCUGCUGAUACUCUUGAUGAUCAAAUUUCUCGUUAUGUCAACCAAGAGGCUGAUUAUUUUGAGAAGAGAAAAGGCAAAAGGAAACUGAAGAAAAAAGUAAUUCCACUACUAGGGGAGAAUAAGGUGGUUGGUGGGACAGAAUCGUCAUUCAAAUCAGAUGGCAACUUGGAUAUUCGUGGAGUUCAUGGAGCUGCAAUGGAAAAUGAGCAAGGGAAACAAAUUUCAUAUCCCAGCGAAUUCCAGGAAGUUAUUCAUAUGGAAGAGAUGUGGAAAAAAGCAAUUGUAGCCCCACCAAUUGAUGAUUCUUAUAAAUUUCCAGGGUCUUGGUGCUCAUCUCCUUGGAGUGCUGAUUUUAUUGAGAAUUUUUUCAAUACAAAUAUUGCAGAAUCUGGCAUUCAGGAAACUUGUCGACAGUAUUUGUGUUGUGAUUGUGUACUUGAGCCAGAGUCCAAAUAUGGAGAAAGAUGCAGAGAAGUGAUUCUGGUAAUGAGCAGUGAAAACAAGUUGUAUGUUUUGCUUAUUGGUAUUUCAGGUGAUGGAUCAGGAGCUAUCUUAAGUUUAGUAGGUUGCCACAAAAUUGAAGAUAUUAAAGAGGUGUCAGUUGGUGUUGGACUUCAGGUUGUGAGGUUGUGCAUUGACAGGGAUUCAGCAUACCUAUUUAUAACUAGAAGCAUCGAGAAGUCAAGGCAAUUAUUUAGUACCUUGGAAGUGUUUGAUUUACAUCCACAAAAAGAUCAUUGUUCUUUACGAAGUUUGGAGCAGGUUCAGGUUGAAUUGUUUGAGAAACAAAUAUGUGGAGGUUCAAAAGUGAACAUCUUCCAAUACUCUAUGGUGCUAUUCAGGCGCACCAACAAUGAAGAGGAUAUAUGGCUUUCAAGAUCACUAUUUGUGAUUGGAAGGCAUCUGCUUGUGUGUGUUGAAGACCUUAUGCACUUCAGCUCUCUUUCAAUGGAUUCCUCUUUGCCUCCAUAUUUCUCACUUGAUUCAUGUUGCUCCAUUGUUGACUUAUCUGAGAUGGUCAUCGAGGCUAGAGAGAGUUGCUGUGUGACCCUAACUCUUAAAUGUACCACAUCGGAGUUCUACCCCUCUGCCAAAGCCGACACGGAGGUUGCAGCAAUCAAUGACGAAGAGAAAGUUUCAGGCUGUGUAACAUGGAAGAUCAGGUGGUUCUCUGAAGAGAGUCUGUUCAAUUUCGUGGCAUUGGUAAAGGCAAUCCAUGCAGGAACAUCCACGUCUCCCUUACUCCUAAGAUGUAAAUCGUGAAGCCUUUUUGUUUCUUUGUUUUUGUUUGUUUCCUAUUCAUUUCAUUCUUUUUGAUCUGGCCUUCCAUUUCGUUUUUGCUUCUUAUUUCCGUAUAGUUUUGAAAUUUUAGUAGCUGCAAGUGUCGUGAGUCAAUAGCUUCCUUUUGUAUUCUUUGAUUUGUCCUUUUAGCAUUCCAUCAUGUACAAAUUUUGUACAGUACCACAUCAUCAUACGAAAAUGAGUUUUUUUUUCCACAUUUCCAUA